AUGGCUUAUUCUGCAGAUAAGGCAUCUAAGAGGCCUGUUUGGCUUCCACCUACUGUUUCACCUGCAAUAAUGGAAUCUAUUGAUAAUCCCAUCUUAAUCUAUAACGAGAAUUAUAUGGAUAAAGGUGAGAGCAUGGCUAAAAAGGGGUUGCCUACAUUACCUGACAUUACUCUAACAUCUCAGUUUACAUCUUUGUCAUUAGCUUCGGCUGAUAAAAAUGACAACAUUAACAGAAGUUUUCUACUCAUUGAUGGAAAAGAAAGUCUCAAGGUUUCUUCAUCAGAGGAGUUUAUUAAAAAACUAUGUGUUGAUUGUGAUGCUAGAGUGAAGGUUGUAUCAAUAUUUGGAAAUACUGGUGAUGGAAAAUCUCACACACUGAACCAUUUAUUUUUUGGAGGUUCAGAAGUAUUUCCGAUAUCUGCAGAUCAAACCUCUUGUACUGUUGGAAUAUGGGGAGCAUAUGAUCCUUCUACUUCAACCAUCUGUCUUGAUACCGAAGGAUUGCUUGGUUCAACACUAGAAGAAGUUAGACGUACAAGGCUACUUUUGAAAGUGCUGGCUAUAUCAGAUGUCAUCAUAUACAGAACCAGGAGUGAAAGAUUACACCGUGAUCUGUUUACAUUCCUUGGUUCAGCCUCCAGGGCCUAUUCAUGUCAUUUUCAAAGUGCUCUUGAAUCUAUCAACAAUCGUUCCCAUUCUGCUUCGAAAGGAUUGCUUGGUCCUGCUGUUAUCAUUUCUCAUGAAACUAGAAAUACCAAACCUCUUACGACAAGUAGUGUAGAGAGUCCAGAAGAUAUUUUGCGAACUAGAUUUCUCAAGUUAAAUCUUGACAUAGAUGCCUUUAGUUCCUUGACGUAUGUUGGCCAGCAAACAGUUGAACUUCCAACUCAAUAUAAUAUGUUGCGAAGAACUGUUAUUUCGGAACUUUCUAACACAGCAGUUCGUUCACCUAGGAGUCCUAAAUUUGUAUUUUCUACAUUGAAGGCAUUGAAUGAUAAAUUUAAUGGUGCAGUAAAACAGAAUGUUGAGAUUUUUCCUGAUGAAUAUUUCACUUGCCCCGCUGCAUGCCUUUCAUGUGGCGCACGUUGUCAAUCUAGUAUGGGUCAUGAAGGAAACAACCCUGAUCACAAAUCUGAUACCAAUUGCAGGUAUACCCAUCAAUAUGAGAACAUUAGAUACAUUUGCAAAACCUGUUACAAGAAUGGGAAAGAAAUUAUCGUCAAGCCUGAGGCUUUUACUAGCAAUGAAAGCUCAUGGUUCAGCAUUGCUAAGUAUGCUUGGUCUGGUUAUGUGAUAGAAUGCCCAAAUUGUGGAGAGAUUUAUAGGAGCAGACAGUAUUGGUUCGGUAAUGUGUCUCCAGAGCUGAGUGCUGUUCGGACAGAAAUUCAUCAUAUUUGGCCAGGGAUGAGCUGUUACGGCGUCAGCUGUCAAAAUUCUGCUCAACGAGUGUUAGACAGCGUCACUGCCCUUACUGAAGUUGUUGCCUCUGUCUCCGCUACACCGACAAAAGCUCUUGGUUCUUGGGUCGCUGAUCAGAUAGCUCCCAAAUAUUGGAAACCAAACCCUCAAGUAAAAAUGUGUGCAGUUUGUUGCAUCCUCUUUACUCCUGAAAUGACGAAGCAUCACUGUCGAGCAUGUGGCGAAGGAGUUUGUGCCGACUGUUCUACCCAAAACAAACCAGUUCCUGAGAGAGGCUGGUCUUACCCCGUGCGAGUCUGUGAUAAAUGCGCAAGGCCGCCAGCCGGUAAGACGUCCUCCUCGACUAAAGAGCAAUGGGUCGUUGCUAACUACCCUGACAGAAUUUUAGUAGUUACUGAUGAGGAGGCGUCUCAAGUCCCAAUGCUGGAAAAUCCAUCUCUUCUUCCGACUGAUGAAAAUGAAGUAAUUGCCAGAAAAGUCACUGAAGCAGUUGUUACUACAUUUUCAUCGGUAGCAUCAAUUUUAGAAUAUCCUAAAAGUAUGAUUAAAGAAACGGCUAGACCAAGCUAUUGGACUCCUGAUUCAGAAGCUAGAGAAUGCUGUGUAUGCACAGCUUUAUUUACUCUAGUGGGUGGGAAAGCAGAACUUCAUCACUGCCGUAGUUGUGGUGGUGCUGUGUGCCUUUCCUGCUCUACAGCUAGAAAACCAGUUCCACAUCGUGGUUGGCAUUCACCUGUCAGAGUCUGCGACAAUUGUGAUAAAAUGACAUAA